AUGGUCUUGGAGUGUCUUGAGCCAAUGAUGGUGUUUCCUACAGACAUGAUUACCAUUCCUGGAACAGGAAGUACAGAACCCUUUGUAGUUAAGGUUACAGGUGGUGUACAGCCCAAACUUCGAAAAACAGCAAUGAAUCUAGUUUAUCCUUACUAUGAGUUGGCUUUCAGGCUUAAGCCUGAGGCAGGCUGGCUCUUCACCAGUAAGGAAAAUGAAGAUAGAACGAGGAAGCAGAGUCUAGAAUCAAUCUGUGGAAAGAUCUUCUACCUUGGUCAUCUCUCUACCUCUCAACCAGAAAAUGGAAGAAAGUCACAUGGUCCUGACAAAGAGUAUGGUGUGCUCAUAUCUCUGUUCAUUUGCAGGAACACGAGUGGAAAAUUCCAAAGCAUUGGUCCAACCACCCCGGCCUGGAGCACUGCCAACACAGUAGUGAAUGGAAGUGACUAUAUGGAAAACUUGUCCUGUGUCACCAUGUUUAAUACGCUGAAUAUUCUUACUGCCAUCAUUUCCCUGGUUGGGCUGGCAGGAAAUGCCAUAGUGCUGUGGCUUCUAGGCUUCUGCAUGCACAGGAAUGCCUUCUCAGUCUAUGUCCUCAACCUGGCUGGCGCUGAUUUCUCCUACCUUUGUUUUCAGACUGUGUAUUCCCUGGAGCGUAUCUAUUCUCACAUCUAUAAAAGCAACUUCUACAUUCCCAUCUUUCUUUUUAACGUAUUAAUCUUUACUUACCUUGCAGAUAUGUGUAUGGUCGUAGUCAUCAGUGCUGAGCGCUGCCUGUCUGUUAUGCAGCCUAUCUGGUAUCGCUGCCAACGACCAAGACACAUAUCAGCUGUCAUGUGCGCCCUAUUCUGGGCUUUCUCUCUACUGUUGAGCCUUCUGUUAGGGGAGGGUUGUGGCUUACUGCUUAGUGAUUUUGAUUAUUCUUUCUGUAGGACUUCUAGUUUGGUCACUGCUGUAUUUGUAAUAGCAUUAUUUGUGGUUCUUUCUGGGUCCAGCCUCGCCUUGUUUGUCAGGAUCUUCUGUGGCUCACAGAGGAUUCCUGUGACCAGGCUCUAUGUGACCAUUACACUCACAGCACUGGUCUUCAUACUUUUUGGUCUGCCCUUUGGUAUUCACUGGUUCCUCUUAGAUUGGAUUGUGGAGUUGCAUGGUAGUUUCGCUUGCAAUACUUACGAAAUGACAACAUUCCUGUCCUGUGUUAAUAGCUGUGCCAACCCCAUCAUUUACUUCCUUGUUGGCUCCAUUAGGCACCGCAGGUUCCAGAGGAGGACUCUCAAACAGCUUCUGCAGAGAGCCAUACAGGACACCCCUGAGGAGGAAGAAGGUGGAGGGAGGAGUUCUUCAGCAAAGUCUGGGGGCCUGGAAACAGUCUGGUGUAGCAGCUCUGACCUCACACCUAUGCAUCCUUUGAGGCUGGCAGCACCCAGGGACCACCAGAGUGCAGCCCCCAUAUUAGGCCAAGUAGGGCAAACAAGUGAGACCUCUUGUGCCAAACCAUUACUUGUACCAGGCCCCAGGGCAAGCACAGCCGUAUCUGUAUCAGAAGCCUGGAGACAUAAGGAACCACCAGGUAAGUCUCACACCUCCAAUCCUCCUAAAACAGUUCCCAAAGAGGUAAACUCCACCUUCUCCCCAACAUGCCAUUUUCUGACUCACAACUCACUCUACCUGAGGCCUGCCACUACCAGAGACAACGAGAUAACUAAAGGCCAGCAUAAAAACACAAAUAACAAGAUCCUUAGUGAUAUGGAAACCUCAGAACACAACUAUUAUACUACAGCAACUACAAGAUAUCUUAACACAGUGAGAAACAAUUAG